AUGACGGGCGCGCGGCCGUGCGCCGCGGAGGAGCGCAAGGUCCGGGAGCGCGGCGGCGGCGGCGGAGCGGCGGCCGAGGCGGCGGCGGGCGGCAUGGACGGGGCGCGGGGCGCGGGCCGGGCGCUGGCCGCGCUGCUGCUGGCCGCGUCCGUGCUGAGCGCCGCGCUGCUGGCCCCUGGAGACUCCCCGGAGCGCGGUGCCGAGGCCGCCCCGCCGCGAGCAGAUUUAGAUAAAAAACAGCAUGUAGAUCUUAAGAUGGACCAAGCUUUGCUGCUCAUCCAUAACGAACUACACGGAACAAACCUGACUGUCUACUGGAAUUCUGAACGCUGUUACCAUUGCUCGUUCCAGGUUCUGGUAAAUGUUUCCUGGAGUGGAAGACCCGGGAAGCCCAGCACUGCAGCGGUUGCUGUGAGCACCCAGCAUGGAUCUAUCCUGCAACUUAAUGACACCAUGGAAGACAAGGAAGUUUGUAGGUUGGAAUAUAAAUUUGGAGAAUUUGGAAACUAUUCACUCUUGGUAAAGCACGCCCAUAAUGGAGUCAGUGAAGUUGCUUGUGACCUAAUUGUCAAUAAGAAUCCAAUUGACAGUAACCUUCCUGUGUGUGUCGCUUUUCUUGUUGGUGUGGCGAUCGUCAUUGCAGUCUCCUUUCUCAGGUUCUUAAUGAGUUUGGAUGACUUUCAUAAUUGGAUUUCUAAAGCAAUAAAUUCACGAGAAACUGAUCGCCUAAUCAAUUCUGAGCUAGGGUCUCCAAGCAGGGCAGACUCGCUCGGUGGAGAAACUCAACCAGAAGCAUGGCGUCCGCCCACCUCGCCUCCGCGCCUCCACUGUGUAGACACAUUCAGGGGGAUAGCUCUCAUCCUCAUGGUCUUCGUGAAUUAUGGAGGAGGAAGAUACUGGUACUUCAAACACUCAAGUUGGAAUGGGCUGACGGUGGCUGACCUCGUAUUCCCAUGGUUUGUAUUUAUUAUGGGAUCUUCGAUUUUCCUGUCAAUGACUUCCAUACUGCAGCGAGGAUGUUCAAAAUUCAAAUUGCUGGGGAAAAUUGCAUGGAGGAGUUUCUUGUUAAUCUGUAUAGGAGUGUUCAUUGUGAACCCCAAUUACUGCCUUGGUCCGUUGUCUUGGGAUAAGGUGCGGAUCCCUGGUGUGCUCCAGCGGCUGGGGGUGACCUACUUUGUGGUUGCCCUGUUGGAGCUCCUCUUUGCCAAACCUGUGCCUGAAAGCUGUGCCUCGGAGAGAAGUUGCUUUUCCCUUCGAGACAUCAUCUUCAGCUGGCCCCAGUGGCUCUGCAUUCUGAUGCUGGAAAGCAUUUGGCUGGGCUUGACAUUCUUCUUGCCUGUUCCUGGAUGUCCUACUGGUUACCUCGGCCCUGGCGGCAUUGGUGAUUGGGGGAAGUAUCCAAAUUGUACCGGAGGAGCUGCUGGCUACAUUGACCGCUUGCUUCUGGGCGAUGACCACAUUUACCAGCACCCUUCUUCGGCCGUGCUUUAUCACACCGAGGUGGCCUACGACCCAGAGGGAAUCCUAGGGACUAUCAACUCCAUUGUGAUGGCGUUUUUAGGAGUGCAGGCGGGAAAAAUACUCUUGUAUUACAAGGGCCAGACCAAAGACAUUCUGAUCAGAUUCACUGCCUGGUGUUGUUUUCUGGGGCUUAUUUCUAUUGCUUUGACGAAAAUUUCUGAAAAUGACGGCUUUAUUCCAAUAAACAAGAAUCUGUGGUCCAUUUCCUAUGUCACCACACUGAGCUCCUUUGCCUUCUUCAUCCUGCUCAUCCUGUACCCCAUUGUGGACGUGAAGGGACUGUGGACGGGAGCCCCAUUCUUCUAUCCAGGAAUGAAUUCUAUCCUGGUGUACGUUGGCCACGAGGUGUUUGAGAACUACUUCCCCUUCCAGUGGAAGCUGGGGGACAACCAGUCGCACAAAGAGCAUCUAACUCAGAACAUAGUCGCCUCUGCGCUUUGGGUGCUCAUUGCCUACAUUCUCUAUAAAAAGAAGGUGUUUUGGAAGAUCUGACAGCUCUCACUGAGGUGUUGCCGGCAGACUCUAGCGGGCCUGGGGGGCGUGCGGAAGCAGCCUUUAUUAGAGGGAGCCAUCGAUUACAAACUCGAUGGGAUGUGUAUUUCCAGGUGAUGGGGAAGAGGCCGAUGGACUCUGGCUGCCACACGGCCAUGCAUCAGAACCCUGCCUGGGUAUUUGGGACUUCGGUAUUGGAAUGGAGUUCUUUUCUUCUCCAUCAUCUGUGUAAAUGUAGUUAGAACCUCAUUCUGAGGAUUUCUCAUGUAACUUUCUAAGAGGGAAUUCCCAUGGGCGUUUUGGGUCUGUGACGGAUAAAAGAAUCUAAAGUCUAA